AUGUUCUACGAUGGAGAACCCCUGAAGUUUUGGGAAUUUUGGAGAGCCUUUGAGAUAAAUGUUGACAGCACGUCAAUAGCUGAUGCUGCAAAGUUAACCAGGCUGUUGCACUACUGCAAGGGAGAUGCACGUAAAGUUAUUCAAGCAUGCUCAGUGAUGGAUUCCACUCAGGGCUACAAGAGAGCUAAGACGCUGCUGAAGGAGUGUUUUGGAAACAAGCAUAAGGUUACAGAUGCCUGGAUUCAGAGGGUGACCAAAGGUAUAACCAUCUCAGCUCACAACGGCACUGCUAUCAGAGAAAUGGCAGACGAAUUAAGAGUUUGCUAUGAAACCCUUCUUGCUGUGGGGUUUGAAGGUGAGAUGGCACCUCAGAGUUUCUUGAAGAGCAUCGUGGAACGACUGCCAAACUACCUUCGCUACAGGUGGAUCCGGAUAGUAAGAGAAAUUCAGAAGAGGAACGAUAGAAUACCAGACAUGAAAGACCUAGUCUCCUUCAUAGAAGAUGUGGCCGAAGAAGAGAAUAACCCAGUUUAUGGAUCAGUCAGCUCGAAGAGCAACCGAGAUGUGCCACAGAACAAAAGUGAUAAGCAGAGGUCCAAAGGCACUUUUGCAGUUACCAUGGAAACCAAUGAAUUUGACACCAAGAAGAAUGAAUUCGUCACUAGGAAGUGUCCUCUGUGCAAGGAGGAGCACACACUGUUUGGUUGUCAACAGUUUAAAGGAAUGAAACCUCAAGACAGACUGAACUAUGCAAAGCAGGAGAGAUUAUGCUUUAAUUGUCUCCGCAAGGGCCAUAUGACAAUGGCAUGCAGGCUGAAUAGAACAUGCUCCGUCGCUGGCUGUGGAAGAAAACACACGAAAUUUCUCCACAUUCUGCAGCCGCAAGAAGAAACAACUCCGUCAACUACCCAACCAGAGGCCCAAGUUCAAAAUGGCUAUAUCGACUCAGCCGAAGACACAAGCUGUAAUAAUAUCACAGGGGCCGGUAGCAGAAGCGUCCUACCCAUCGUACCUGUGAGGGUUCAAGCCGCACGAGGUAACACGUUUGUGCGGACCUACGCAUUGUUGGACACAGGCUCUACAAACACUUUCUGCACCGAGCAGUUAGCUCUAAGUCUUGGAGUGAAAGGGACCAAGCAGAAACUCAGCCUGACAACCCUUGACAAGAUAGACAGUACAAUCCAUACGACUUUGGUGAGCUUAGUCGUAGACUCUGGUCCGACUACAGAAAGACUAGAGAUGACAAAAGUGUACACGAAACCAAAGAUCAACGUUCAUGGUACACACAUGGCAAAAAUGGACGAAAUAUCAGGAUUGCCUCACUUGAAAGGUAUUGAUCUGCCGUUUGCUGGAGAGAAGGAAGUUGGGCUCCUGAUAGGACAAGAUGUUCCAAAAGCACUAAUGCCGCUCGAAAUAAGGGCAGGAAAAGAAGGACCAUACGCGCUAAGAACAGCCCUGGGAUGGUCAUUGCAUGGUUCAGUGAACCAAGUGAGCAGAAAAAGACAAGAUUUGACCGCUGGUUCCAGCUUCAUCCAAGGAGACAUCUGCCUUGAAGCACAGUUAGAUAAGUUUUGGAAACUGGAAGCAUCAGAUUGCAUAAGUGAUGAAAGAGGCAUGUCAGUAAAUGACCAAAGAGCGCUGAAGGUUUGGAAAGAUGGAGUAUGUAUGGAAGGAGGACAUUACCAGUUACCUGUGCCUUUUAAGAAAUGUCCACCCAGUUUGCCAGACAACCGAUGGCUAGCUGAACAAAGGUUGCAAGGUCUCGCAAGAAAACUUGGCAAAGAUGAUAAGCUGCAUCGUAAGUACCAAGAAGGAAUCGAGGACUUACUUAAGAAGGGAUAUGCUGAAGAAGUGGAAGGGCAAGAAUGUAAGCCCGAUGACAAGCCUGUGUGGUAUCUGCCUCAUCACCCUGUAUUUCAUCCUAUGAAACCAGACAAAUUGCGCAUUGUGUUCGAUUGCGCAGCCAUAAGUGGAGGCGUGUCCCUCAAUAGUGAAGUACUGCAAGGACCAGACCUAACAAACAGACUGAUAGGAGUCUUAUUGAGAUUUAGACGGGAACCAGUUGCCUUCAUGGCAGAUGUAGAGGCCAUGUUCCAUCAAGUUCGCGUGCCUGUAGAAGAUCGAUAUGUGAUGAGAUUUCUAUGGUGGCCAGACGGCAAAAUGACACAACAGCCCAAGAUGAAUCGGAUGUGUGUGCGCCUGUUCGGCGGGACUUGGAGUCCAAGUUGCUGCAAUUUCGCUAUGCGCCAGACAGCCGAUGAUAACCAGGAUGACUUCUCCGCUGAAACUGUAGAGAUUGUGAAGCGCAAUUUCUACGUUGACGAUUGCCUAGUUUCAGUGGAGACCGAAGAGGAAGCUGUGAAAUUGUCAUCCGAGCUCAAAACUCUACUGCAAAAAGGAGGGUUCAAGUUGACCAAGUGGUUGAGUAACAGACCAAGCGUUCUGAAGUCCUUCCCCAUAGAAGAAAGGGCUAACAACUGA